AAAGUUGGCAACACAUCAAUUCCUCAGCCCUUAUCAGGGUAUUCUCCAGUGGCAGUGCCCUGAAACCUUGAAGGGUCAGAGGUAUUGGAUGGAGACAUCCCAGUACGGCAAACGCUUCUUUUCUUGGAGCUACCUCAUCACCACCACAUAUAGGGCUGAGCGGAGGCGGGGCUGCACGUGUAACGCUGCGAUUGCCCCCGCCGUGAAAUGCUGUACGUGUAUGUACGGUUCCGGUCACAUGUAGGUAACCAGAGCGGACCGUGAUGAUCAUGCAGCGCUCGACGCGGUGCACUGCCCGUAUGUACAGUAUCUGCAAUCCCUUCCGGUGGGGUGCCGAGGCAUGUAACAUUUUAAGAUCGGCGAGGUUACACUUACUACCUACUACUAAUAUGCUUUAACAGCUUGGAGCUUGGAGGUGCCCAACACACCUUCACUUCUUCAUCCAAGGACGAUCAGCUUGAGCCUUGGACAGCUGCAUGCGCCACACACAAGAUGAAGCCUCUCGUAGCGGCCGCUCUCAGCGUUGUCCUCUUAGUCUGGGGCCUGCAGCGAGCCUACGUCAGGUUCAUUGCCGACAACAGUCACGCCACCGUCUCGUGCUACCUGCUCGUUGCGGGCCUUGCAGCCGUCGCCAUCAAGAUCAACCUCUCGCUCGUCAACAACUACCGGUUCCAAUCACGCGCUCGCCGUCUAGGCUGCGGCGAUGUGGCUGUCUACCCGCACAAGGACCCGAUCCUGGGCCUGGAUACCUUCGUUGAGGCGAUACGUGCCUUCAACAAUCACCGGCUGCUCGACCUCUACGCCAACCGUUUCGCAAAAUGCGGGCGCACCUACUACACCAUUGCCCUGGGCAGGUGGAUGCUCAUGACCGACGAAGUCGAAAACAUCAAGACAAUCAUGGGCCCGAAGAUGGAGGACUGGCCCAUCGACGGCCCGCGACGUCUUGCCCCGCUGCCCGUCCUGGGCCCUAACAGCAUAUUCACCAGCAAUGGAGACGCGUGGCACAGGGCGCGUGCCAUGUUGAAACCAUCUUUUGUACGGGACCAGGUCGCCGAUCUCGGGUGCUUCGACCGUCACAUCGGGAACAUGCUCGCCGCCAUCCCAGAGGACGGCGCCACGUUCGACAUCCAGGAAAUCCUGCUUGACAUGACGAUGGACUCGUCGACAGACUUCUUGCUGGGGUAUUCCACAAACCUGCUGACCAAGGCUUCGCCCGAGGCGCAGGAGUUCGUCAGGAACUUCGAGUAUGCGAGCCGAGAGAGCGCUUUGAAGUCCCGUUUCGGAACCCUUCUGCAUCAUCUGCCUCACCGUAAGCUGGACCAAGCCAUCCGGGCGCUGCGACAAUACGUCAGAUUUUACCUGAAGCGAGCCAUCGCCGAGAGCGAGAAGGGCGGUGCCAGAGAUCGCAACUACGUCUUCCUCGACGAGCUUCUCAAGGCCAACCCGCCCGAGGACUACACCAUCGACCAGAUCCUCUCCAUCCUCAUUGCCGGACGAGACACGACUGCAACGGCCAUGACGGCUGCCUUCUACUUCCUGGCCGGAAAGCCUGACGUGGUCGAGAAGCUGAGGGAGGAGAUCGACAGCGUGGGCGACGACACACCGACAUGGGAGCAGCUGAAGCGGAUGAAGUAUCUCAACAAUGUCAUCAGAGAAGCACUGCGCCUCUUUUCCCCCGUGGCAACGAACUCGAGGACCUGCAACAAAGACACCGUCCUCCCGCGCGGCGGUGGCAAGGACGGCAAGCAGCCGAUCCUCGUCCCCAAGGGCACGCCGCUGCGGUGGUCGGUCCAUUCCCUGCACCGCAGCAAGGAUGUGUUCGGGCCAGACGCUGACGAGUUCCGUCCGGAGCGGUGGGACGCUGGCCUCCGCGUGAGCUGGGAGUACAUCCCGUUCGGCGGCGGGCCUCGCAUUUGCCCCGGCCAACAGUUCGCCCUGACCCAGAUCGCAUAUGCCUUGUUCAAGUUCUUCAGGAUGUUCCGGUCCGUGGAGGCACGAGACGCUGGUCCUUUGCUGGCGCAGACCAAUUUGACAAUCUCAUUUCCCCGUGGUUGCUUGGUCAGCGUGAGGCGUGCUUGAACAGCGGUCGGUGAUGAGCUCGGAGUUCGGGGCAC